CUCCCGAGGCGCUCGCCUGCAUUUCCAUUCAUCUCCCGCAGGAGACAGGAGCCGCGCACGUGCCGGCGAGUCCCUCUCGAGAGCCCAGCAAAGGCGGACGAGCGCGAGGGCGGGAAAAAGCUCGCGGGCGGCCUGGGCGAGCGACGUCUUUCCCGGGAGUCGCUCCGCGCCCCCUCAGGGGACUUUCCCGCCCAGCGUCUCUGGGCUAAGCGCGGCGAGUCUGUGCAGCUCCCGCGCCUUUUUUUUAUGGCGCUAGGACCCAGGCGAGUCUGUCUCUCGUGAGUCAGUUGCCGCAACAGCAGCGGCGGCUCGGUCGGAGUUGAGCGAGAGCGCCGUGGAUGAGGCUGCGGCGCGCGCGCGAAGUGAAUGGCUCGCGUGCGUUGGGAAAGUGGCCACGGAGCGAGGCGCUCGAGGAUCCCGUGCGUGAGCCUGCGCGACGGCGCCUAUAGCGGCGGCAGCAGCAGCAGCGGCGGCAGCAGCAGCUCCUAGGGGGGCCUCUCUCCACCUGCCCGCGGUCGCAGCGCUGAGGUGCAUAGCGUAAUGUCCAUGCUGUGCUACACUCUGAUUAUAGCAUUUCUGAUCGGCAUACGGGCAGCACCAAAAACUGAAGAUAAUGCACCACUGGGGUCUCCUGCAACAUCUGGCAUUUCUGAAAGCAGACGGACUAAAACACACCACAUUAUGAAAACGUCUCAGCACAGAGACCACAGCCAGCCUGUUACUGGGAAGGUAGUGAACAGGAAAUCCGGGCAAGCUGCAAGCAUCAUAGUGGAUCCAAAGCUUUUUCAGAAGAGGAGGUUCCAGUCACCUCGGGUUUUGUUCAGCACUCAGCCUCCACCUUUGUCAAGAGAUGGGCCGAGUGUGGAGUUCCUAGACAGCACAGACUCUACGAACAGGACGAUCCGAGCCAAGCGCGCAGCUCACCCUGUGCACAACCGAGGAGAGUACUCUGUGUGCGACAGUGUUAGUGUGUGGGUUGCCAACAAAACCACAGCGACAGACAUUAAAGGCAAAGAGGUGACUGUGGUGGUGGACGUCAACUAUAACAACUACCCUUACAAACAGUACUUUUUCGAGACCAAGUGCAGAGACCCUAAGCCGGUGUCCAGUGGGUGCAGAGGCAUUGAUGCCAGGCAUUGGAAUUCCUACUGCACCACCACACACACCUUUGUCAAGGCACUGACAAUGGAUGGCAAGCAGGCAGCUUGGCGCUUCAUUCGGAUUGACACUGCCUGCGUAUGCGUAAUCAGUAGGAAAACAGAGAACCUCUGAGAUAGACCAACCCUCCAUCUUAUACCCACCUCCUCCCAGCCCCCUACCUCAGCCUGUAAAUUAUUUUAAGUUAUGAGGACUCUAUGGUAUAUUUAUAGUUUAUACAGUAAAGAAAUGAAUCCUCAUUAUUUAUUAAAAUCUUUUGAAACUGCU